CUAAUGAAACUAUAACCUGGUUUUUCUUUAUUGAAGAAAAGAAAGAUGAUAAAGAAACAGGAUAUUGGAAAUGCAAAUAUUGCACAGAUGAUGAAGGAGUUUCUAUCGUAACCAUUAAAAAAGAAAAGGGAACCGGCUGGUCAAAUACUUUUAGUCAUAUUAGUAGUAAGCAUAAAGAUUAUCAAGAAAUCAUAAAAAAGAAUGUGAAAAAUGUUUUUGCACUUACUCCAGCAGUUAAAAAUAUUUUAAGUUGGAUCAAAUUUAUUAUUCAUUUGAAUUUGCCUCUUAGUUUUGUGGAUGAUCCUCUAGUUCGUGAAAUGUCUAAGUACAAUCCUAUUUCCUCAAAUACAUUGAAAAAGCAUAUAAAAAUCUUAACAGAAAAGGUUGAGUGA